AUGUCACUGCCUUCUGAUCUGAAACAUCUAUAUGCCCAAUGGUUAGAGGAAUUCACUGCCGUGCUUAAUCCCCGGCAGGAUCAGCUAGCUUCGACAUACGAUAAGGCAAGAAGGAACUUACUCGACGCGGAAUCAGUCAUAUACUACCCUCAGGACCUGAAGAAGAUUAAAGGGAUUGGUGACACCAUCAUGAGAAGGUUGGAGAAGAGGUUGCAACAGCAUUGUAGCGAAUUAGGAGUACCGGUCCCAGUACGACCCACGGCUAGUGAGUUACAAAGGGGAUUAAAGAGGACUACUACAGCAUUGCGUUCAAAGAGUGCUGAAGGUACUACAGAGAAUGUCAAUCAGAGUGGCCCGGCAAAAAAGAGGCAACGUAAAUACAUCCCAAAGAAGCGAUCUGGCGGUUAUGGUAUUCUCUUGGCCUUAUUGCAAGCAAACGCAGUUACAAGAGGUAUCAGCAAGGACAGCAUAGUCGAAAUUGGGCAGCGCUAUUGUGAUAGCAGUAUGGGACCGAACUUUAUGACGAAGGAAUUGAGAGGGGCCUGGUCGGCUGUUAAGUCCCUUAUCAAGCAUGAAUUAGUCGUCGAGCAGGGAAGGCCAAAAAUAUACUUUUUAACCGAGGAAGGCCAGCAGCUAGCUAAGACAUUGAAGUUAGCCGAUAAGAUAGUUUUCGAGAACGAGAAUGAAGGGGGCACUGAGGGCUUUGAGUGCAACAGAGUCGUUGACUCGGAGGUUACCGCUAAUUUGCACCAGUUGCUCGGAAUAGAAGGGAAUACUACUGUCAGCAGGCCUGAAGAUGCAAGUUCAUCCCUUAUAAACGUCACUUUCCAGGAUCCCAAUGCAACUCCAGUCAACAAACAGUCCAGGAUUUCAAGAUCGCGAACCUUGGCUAUCUCGACGCCAGUUUCCAGAACAAUCGCAGGAGUACGACGAGCAUACUCGAUAGAGAAGCCGCAAAAUGGCGAGAGCACCUUGAAAAGAAGAUUUGAUGGUAUAAGCUACGAAGUAUGGCAUAAAGGGACUUACGAGGUUUACCCAAUUAUUGAUCAUCGGGAAGUGAAAUCACAUCAGAACAGAGACUUCUUUGCCAAGGCGCUCGAACUGAAAGGUAUAAAAUGUGAAAUUAGACAAUUGGCUUUAGGAGAUAUAGUAUGGAUUGCAAAAAAUACGAAGACAGGCACUGAAUGUAUUUUAAACACAAUCAUCGAACGAAAGAGACUAGAUGAUCUUGCCAUCAGUAUCCGUGAUAACAGGUUCAUGGAACAAAAGAAUCGUCUUGAGAAAUCUGGGUGUAAGAAUAAGUAUUAUCUAAUCGAGGAGACUAUGGCAAGGACGAUGGAGGGCAUGACUGAGGCUUUGAAAACGGCGCUAUGGGUAAUACUGGUUUAUUAUCGUUUCUCAAUGAUAAGAACGGUCAAUGCAGAUGAGACUGUAGAGAAAUUGUAUGCUCUCCAUACAGUGAUCAAUAGAGAAUACUUAGAGAAGAAUUUGGUAGUAAUUUAUCCCAAUGAUUUACGAAAUCAAGAUGAUUUUCUCAAAGUUUUGGAGAAGUUCCGUUUAGAAUUCGAGAAGGAUCAUACAAUUGAAUGCUGCCAUACCUAUCCAUGUUUUCAGGAAAUCAUGGGAAAGGGUGAGAUGAGCACGGUUGGAGAGUUAACAAUUCGUAUUUUGAUGUACAUUAACGGAGUUUCGAUAGAAAAGGCUGUUGCGAUUCAAUCGCGCUUCCCAACACUCAAUCAUAUUUUAACCGCGUAUAAUGAAUGCGAGACAGAGGAAGAAGCCAAGCUGCUGAUGUUCAGCAAAUUAGGCGAUGCGCCGGGAACUAAGAAGAUUACUAAAGGUUUAUCAGAGAAAAUUGCCGACGUAUUUAGCAAGUUCUAA